GUCCUCUCCUUUUUCCGACACCGCGGGUCUCUCGGUAUAAUUCUCUUCGUCGUUUCGGUUCGUAGUUCCAGGGAGAAAUCACAGCUUUUAUUGUCGUUGAUUCAAUCCAAAGCUUUCACCCGCUCUUUCCUGCUUUUAUUUGGUUGGAGAGAAUCCUCCAUGGGGGUUUCAUCAGAGACCAAGUUCUUGCAGGAACUCAUUCUUUACGCAGCGAGUGCAGCUUUAAGUUGCUUGGUAUUGUUCGCUGGUCUUCGGCACCUUGACCCCAACCGCGACGCUUCGAAGAAAGCUCUUGAGCAUAAGAAGGAGAUUGCCAAGCGCUUGGGCCGCCCACUUAUUCAGACUAACCCUUAUGAGGAUGUCAUUGCCUGUGAUGUUAUAAAUCCUGAUCACAUUGAUGUGGAAUUUAACUCUAUUGGAGGACUGGAGACUAUCAAGCAAGCAUUAUAUGAACUUGUGAUACUCCCUCUAAGGAGACCUGAAUUAUUUUCGUACGGGAAGCUUUUAGGUCCCCAGAAAGGCGUAUUGCUUUAUGGGCCACCUGGUACAGGAAAAACUAUGCUUGCAAAAGCUAUUGCAAAGGAGUCAGGAGCAGUUUUUAUUAAUGUUAGGAUUUCAAAUCUGAUGAGCAAGUGGUUCGGUGACGCUCAGAAGCUUGUGGCUGCUGUGUUCAGUUUGGCUUAUAAACUUCAGCCAUCUAUUAUAUUCAUUGAUGAGGUUGACAGUUUCUUGAGUCAGCGACGCUCUAGUGAUCAUGAAGCUUUAUCAAAUAUGAAAACUGAGUUCAUGGCUUUAUGGGAUGGAUUUACCACAGAUCAGAAUGCACGUGUUAUGGUCCUUGCUGCUACCAAUCGUCCAUCAGAACUUGAUGAAGCAAUUCUAAGAAGACUUCCUCAGGAAUUUGAAAUUGGGAUACCCAACAAAAGGGAGAGGGCUGAGAUACUAAAGGUGAUUCUGAAGGGUGAGAAGGUCGAAGACAACAUUGACUAUGAUCUUAUAGCUAGCUUAUGCGAGGGGUAUACAGGUUCAGAUCUUCUCGAGCUCUGCAAGAAAGCUGCUUAUUUUCCAAUCAGGGAUCUACUGGAUGAAGAAAAGAAUGGAAAACAGUCUAAUUCACCGAGGCCACUGUCACAGUCAGAUUUGGAAACUGCUCUUGUCUCAUCAAGGAAGACGAAGGUUGUUGCUAGCGAGUACGCUGGAUUAAGGUCGCAACGGACAGAGCCCAGUGGGAUUCGAGCAUUGUUGAGCGAACUCUCUAAGUUUGGCAUUUCCCCAGAAACUGUUGGAUCAGACGAAGAUGACACUUGAGAGAGAGAUCCCGACUCUACUCAUCUUUGGUGCAGGAAAAAGACACCCGUGGGGAGAGGGACAGAUUUCUGUUUUUAUUUAUUACAGUAAUGCCAUAGUUUUAACAUUCAUGAUUCUAUAAUUGUUAUAGGGAAAAGCCACAGAAGUACAAAAUCAUGUUGAUGAGUUUAAAUAGGUGUGUUCUGGAAUAUACGUCUUAAUGCUUCCAUUAUUUUACACGUUUCCACUUGUACCAGAAACCCUCCUGUUAUUUGUCCAAGAGCUCUCUCCACAGUUUUAAAUGGCAA